CGGAGCAACACCGUAGGGGAGGAAAAAAAACAGUUGACAGUGUUUAUUUUAUGAUUCGUGAAGUGUUUCCACAAUGUCUACGAAAGCAGAGCAAUUUGCCUCUAAGAUACGAUACUUGCAAGAGUAUCACAACCGCGUGCAACACAAUAUUUACCCCGUGCCCUCCGGGACAGACAUUGCAAACACACUGAAAUACUUUUCUCAAACCCUGCUCAGCAUUCUGUCCCGCACAGGCAGGAAGGAGAACCAGGAAGCUUCCAAUUUGGCCGUGCCCAUGACCAUGUGUCUUUUCCCUGUGCCAUUCCCACUCACCCCAUCUCUAAGACCACAAGUCAGUUCCAUCAACCCUACAGUUACUCGCUCCCUCCUUUACAGCGUUCUGCGCGAUGCCCCGUCAGACCGCGGGGGGCAGGGGCAGCAGAGUCGGGACGCUCAGCUCUCAGAGUACCCCUCUCUGGACUAUCAGGGGCUCUAUGCAACCCUCGUGACCCUGCUUGACCUGGUGCCCCUGCUGCAGCACGGUCAGCAUGAUCUGGGACAGUCCAUAUUUUACACAACGACUUGCCUCCUGCCCUUUCUCAGUGACGAUAUUCUCAGCACUUUACCCUACACUAUGAUCUCCACCUUAGCUACGUUCCCUCCAUUCCUGCACAAAGACAUCAUUGAGUACCUGAGCACCUCUUUCCUCCCCAUGGCCAUAUUGGGUUCCACUAGAAGAGAAGGAGGUGUCCCAGCAUACGUCAAUCUCUCUGCCUCCUCUAUGCUAAUGAUCGCUAUGCAGUAUACUUCAAACCCGGUAUACCACUGUCAGCUGUUGGAGUGUCUUAUGAAGCACAAGCAGGAAGUCUGGAAGGACCUGCUCUAUGUCAUAUCCUAUGGACCAUCCCAGGUCAAGCCUCCAGCCGUGCAGAUGCUCUUUCAUUACUGGCCCAACUUAAAGCCCCCAGGAGCCAUCAGUGAAUAUAGAGGACUGCAGUACACAGCCUGGAACCCCAUCCACUGCCAACACAUUGAGUGUCACAACGCCAUCAAUAAACCUGCCGUCAAGAUGUGCAUCGACCCCACUCUCUCUGUUGCACUAGGAGACAAGCCUCCCCCUUUAUACAUCUGUGAAGAGUGCAGUCAAAGGAUAGCAGGAGACCAUGCAGAAUGGCUUGUUGAUGUGCUCUUGCCCCAAGCUGAGAUAUCUGCUAUUUGUCAAAAGAAGAACUGCAGCUCUCAUGUCAGGAGGGCAGUUGUCACCUGCUUCUCAGCAGGCUGCUGCGGGCGCCAUGGCAACCGGCCAGUCCGCUACUGCAAGCGUUGCCAUGUCAACCACCACAGCAGCGAGGUGGGGGCUGCGGCGGAGACACAUCUCUACCAGACCUCUCCCCCUCCCAUCAACACCCGCGAGUGUGGAGCCGAAGAGCUGGUGUGCACUGUGGAGGCUGUGAUCAGCUUACUGAAGGAGGCAGAGAUCCACGCGGAGCUCCGUGAGUUUGAGCUGAACAGGCGUCGUCAGAUGGGCCUGUCUGCCUCCCACCACUCGCUGGACAACAUCGACUUCGAUAACAAGGAGGACGACCAGCACGACCAGAGGCUACUCAGUCAGUUUGGCAUUUGGUUCCUGGUGAGCCUGUGCACCCCCAGUGAGAACACUCCCACGGAGAGCCUGGCGCGGCUGGUCAGUAUGGUGUUCCAGUGGUUCCACUCCACGGCCUACAUGACAGACGACGAGGUGGGCUCCCUGGUGGAGAAGCUCAAACCCCAGUUUGUCACCAAGUGGCUGAAGACGGUGUGUGACGUGCGCUUCGACGUCAUGGUGAUGUGCCUGCUCCCCAAGCCGGUGGAGUUUGCCAGGGUGGGGGGGUACUGGGACAAGUCCUGCAGCACGGUGACACAGCUGAAGGAGGGGCUCAACCGAAUCCUGUGCCUCAUCCCCUACAAUGUGAUCAGCCAGCCGCUGUGGGAGUGCUUCAUGCCGGAAUGGCUGGAGGCCAUUCGCACCGAGGUGCCUGACCAGCAGCUGAAGGAGUUCAGAGAGGUGCUCAGCAAGAUGUUUGACAUUGAACUGUGCCCUCUGCCCUUCUCCAUGGAGGAGAUGUUUGGGUUCAUCAGCUGCAGGUUCUCGGGCUACCCAGCCUCUGUGCAGGAGCAGGCUCUGCUCUGGCUUCAUGUGUUGUCAGAGCUGGACAUUGUGGUGCCCCUACAGCUGUUGAUCGGCAUGUUCUCUGAUGGGGUGAACUCUGUGAAGGAACUGGCCAAUCAGAGAAAGGCUCGCAUCUCUGAUCUAACAGGGGAAAACACUGAGGCUCGGAGGGUAAGUGUGGUUUCAGAUCCAGGCCGUCAUGGCCAGCACAACACCUUAAGCCCGUUCCCCAGUCCGUUCCGGAGUCCGUUCCGGAGCCCGUUGCGCUGCAGCCCCUUUAAGAACCUUGGCCACGCUGAGGGUCACUGCGCUCUGGACCUGGACUCUGAUGAUGAUGACGACAUGAACCUGGGUUGCUUCAUCCUCAUGUUCGACCUCAUCCUCAAACAGAUGGAGCUCCAGGAUGAUGGUGUGAUGCUGGGUUUGGAGAGCAGUCUGGGGAAGGACAUAGUGGGCAUCGUCAACAAUGUCUUCCAGGCCCCCUGGGGGGGCUCCCAUACCUGUCAGAAGGAUGAGAAAGCCCUGGAGUGCAGCCUUUGUCAGUCCAGCAUCUUGUGCUACCAGCUGGGUUGUGAGCUCCUGGAGAGGCUGACACCCAGGGAGGAGAUCAGGCUGGUGGAGCCUACAGACAACUUGGAAGAAACAUUUUUGUUGCCUCAAGUGUUUGGGCCUGAACCAGGGAUGGAGCCAGGAAUAGAGGAGGAGGACAGCCCUGCCCACACGGACAAUGCAGCCAAUCACAGUGACCCCCCUGACAACCCACCAAUGAAGAAUAAUGCUGAUAAGAAGUUCUCCUACCAGCAGCUUCCUGUGUCUCUCAAGCUGAUCUACACCAUUCUGCAGGAAAUGUCCAAGUUUGAGGAGCCUGAUAUCCUGUUCAACAUGCUGAACUGCCUGAAGGUCCUGUGUCUCCAUGGAGAGUGUCUGUAUCUGGCCCGUAAGGACCACCCCCAGUUCUUGGCCUACAUCCAGGAGAAGAUGCUCAUUCCCAGCUUGUGGACCAUGCUGAAGUCCGAGUUCUGCCAGCUGGCCUCCUUGGCUGUGCCACAGUUGCUCCAUGCCCUCUCCCUGUCCAACGGGGCAGACAUCUUCUGGAACUUGGUGGACAGUAAUUUUAACAGCAAGGACUGGAAGAUACGCUUUGAAGCAGUGGAGAAGGUGGCCGUACUCUGUCGGUUCCUAGACAUUUGCUCUGUGACGAAGAACCACCUGCUGAAGUACUCCCUGGCCCACGCCUUCUGCUGCUUCCUGGCGUCUGUGGAGGACGUCAACCCGGCUGUGGCCACACGCGCCAGGUUGCUCCUGGAUACCAUUAAGAGGCCAGCACUGCAGGGCUUGUGUCUGUGUCUGGACUUCCAGUUCGACACAGUGGUGAGGGACCGGCCCAUAAUCCUCAGCAAACUGCUGAUGCUACAUCACCUGAAGCAGGAGGUCCCGGCCCUGAGCUGGGAGUUCUUUGUCAACCGCUUUGAGACACUCUCCCUGGAGGCCCAGCUCCACCUGGACUGCAAUAAGGAGUUCCCUUUCCCUACUACCAUCACAGCGGUGCGCACUAAUGUGGCGAACCUGAGUGAUGCAGCAAUGUGGAAAAUCAGACGGGCUCGCUUUGCAAGGAACCGGCAGAAGAGUGUGCGUUCCCUCCGGGACAGCGUCAAGGGCCCCCAAGAGUCCAAGCGGGCCUUCUCCCUCCCAGAGACUCUAUGUAACCGACUACCUCUAAGGCUUACGAGGCAAGAGCACUCUGCCCCGACUCUGGGAGAUAUGAUAGAGAAAGUCCUGCCAGCCCGCUUCCUCCCACCCGCUAACCCUGACGCUUCAGCCCCUCUCCUAGGCCACGCCCCCUCGCCGGAAGACGAAUCGGGCAUCAGGGACCUGCUCCCGGAGGAUGCAGGGAUAGACCACCAGACGGUGCACCAGCUCAUCAUGGUGUUGAUGAAGUUCAUGGCCAAAGACAAGAGCAGCGCCGAGGCCGACAUCGGCAGUGCCAAGGCCUUCAACACGGUGAAGCGGCACCUGUAUGUGUUACUGGGUUAUGACCAGCAGGAGGGCUGCUUCAUGAUCGCGCCGCAAAAGAUGAGGACGUCCACCUGCUUCAAUGCUUUCAUUGCUGGCAUCGCACAGGUAAUGGACUACAACAUUGGGCUGGGGAAGCAGCUGCUCCCUCUGGUGGUCCAGGUGCUGAAGUACUGCACUUGUCCCCAGCUCAGACACUACUUCCAGCAGCCACCACGCUGCUCUCUCUGGGCCCUGCGGCCGCACAUCAGACAGAUGUGGCUGAAAGCCCUGCUGGUCAUUCUCUACAAGUAUCCCUACAGGGACAUGGAUGUGAGCAAAGUGGUUCUGCACCUGGUCCACAUCACUAUAAACACCCUGAACGCCCAGUACCACAGCUGUAGACCCCAUGCCACGGCUGGGCCCCUCUACAGCGACAACUCCAACAUCAGCCGCUACAGCGAGAAAGAGAAAGAGGAGGACAGUGUAUUCGACGAGUCUGACGUCCACGACACCCCGACUGGAGCUGGCAACAAGGAGUCCCAGACCUUCUUCGCUCGUCUGAAGAGGAUCGGUGGCAACAAAUCUGUCAAGUACCAGCCGGUGGAGUUAAACGCCCAGAGAAGUGAAAUUGAGCUGUCGGAGUACCGCGAGGCCAGUGCUCUGCAGGACAGCAUCCUGCACUGCGUGAGGGAGGAGAGCACCAGGAAAAAGCGCCUGCAGGCCAUGCACAAGCAGAAGUCCCUGGACAUCACCAACACUGACUCCAUCCUGUAUAACCUGGACGAGCACCGACGCAAGUCCUGCAUUGACCGCUGUGACCUGCAGCACGUUCCCACGGCGCACCGCUCCUCCACCACCUCCCACAUCAGGCAUACGGGGGGCCACGGGAAGGACUCUUCAGAUGGGUCCUCUGGCCGGGCGGAUGGCAGCGACCACCAGGACCAUCCGGGCUCCCGGGGGGGCCACUCGGACGGCUCCAGGCCUGUCAUCCCAGAGGUGCGUCUGAGCUGCAUGGAGACGUUUGAGGACAAGACCGACCUGGACUCCUCUCUUACAGGGGGUUCGUCUGCAGAGAAGGAGGACCAAGACCUCAUUGACCUUUCCUCCGACUGCACCUCCAUCCCGGAGAAGCACUCCAUCCUCUCCAUGUCCGACAGUGAUUCCCUGGUUUUUGAGCACCUGCCGCCGCUGAGGAUAGUAGAGAGUGACGAGGAGUUUGACCUGAACACGGUGAUGGGCCCCAGGCUGAAUGGGAGCGCCAGGCCCCUAGCCUCCCCUCCCAGGCCCCUCGCCUCCCCUCCCAGGCCCUCCACCUCCCCUGCCAGCAGCAGCACCGUGCGCCUGUCUCCCGUGGUGCAAGUGAGCGUGGAGGACUGCUCUAAAGACAGGAGGACCACGGACUCCCCAGCAAAAGAUAGCCCCCAACAGUCCCUACAGAGGAGACCACGCUAUGCGACCCCCGACACAUCCCUGGAACUGCCUGAGCUGCCAGAGACCACUGGCCUGGAGAGCCCCAUGACUCUCAGCCUGAAGCAGAAGAGGGACCUGCUGAGGAAGACUCCAGCCGUCCCUGACUCAUCCCUUGAUGACAUUGUGCACCCCGAGGACCUGAAGGCAGCGGUGGGUCUGCCGGCCAGUCCCACGGCCAGGACCAUCUUUCUGGACAUCCCUGAGGACACAGCUGAGCCUCACACCACUCUAGAGGGGAACAACAACGACGAAGAGGAAGAUUAUGAAGAGGAGGAUGACGACCUUGAUGACAACGAUGUGAAACCGGAUGAUAAUGAAAAUGAUGAGGCAGAGUUUAAGAUCCAGAUAGUUCCCCGGCAACGCAAGCAGAGGAAGAUUGCUGUGAGUGCCAUACAGAGAGAGUACCUGGACAUCUCGUUCAACACCCUGGACAAGCUGGGCGAGCAACCCACUGAGACAGAUCACAAAGUUCUGUCCACCCUGGAAAAUCCACGGGAAUCCGCUUCAGCCCCCACCCUCGAAGCUGCUAUCCCAGAAACAAGCAACCGUUCUUCAGUGACAACUCAGUACCGUCAGGUGAAGCGAGGCUCAUUAGGAGCACUAACCAUGAGCCAGCUGAUGAAAAGGCAGCUGGAACACCAGUCCAGUGCACCCCACAAUAUCAGCACCUGGGAGACAGGCCCCACGAAGACCAGCUUGCUAUCAGCCCCCAGUACAGUCAGCAUGUUUGUGCCCGCCCCUGAAGAAUUCAUUGACGAUCAGCCCACCACCAUGACCGACAGGUGCCGUGACUGCGGCGCGGUGCUGGAGGAGUACGAUGAGGAGACCCUGGGCCUGGCGGUGGUGGUGCUCUCCAUGUUCAUUCACCUCAGCCCGGACCUGGCGGCUCCUCUGCUGCUGGACAUCAUGCAGUCUGUGGGCAGGCUGGCUAGCGCUAAUGUCUCUGGGCAAGCUGAGAGUAUGCUGAUCCCUGGCAACGCUGCUGGUGUAGCGAAGCAGUUCCUCCGCUGUGUGUUCCACCAGCUGGCCCCCAAUGGCAUCUUGCCCCAGCUCUUCCAGAGCAACAUAAAAGACGGAGGUUUUUUGAGAACGCUGGCUUCUUCCCUGAUUGACUUUAAUGAACUGAGUUCUGUGGCUGCACUCAACCAGCUGCUGGAGGGUCUGAACAACAAGAAGAGUCUACCAGCAGGGGGCGCAAUGCUUCACUGCUUGGAGAACAUAGCCACCUUUAUGGAGGCCUUGCCAAUGGACUCACCCAGCAACCUGUGGACCACAAUCUGCAAUCAGUUCCAGACCUUCCUCGCUAAACUGCCCUCUGUGCUGCCUCUUAAGUGUCCUCUGGACUCCAGCUUGAGGAUCAUUAUUUGCUUGUUGAAAAUCCCCACCACUAGUGCAACCCGGAGCUUACUGGAGCCCUUCUCCAAACUGCUGAGCUUUGUCAUCCAAUAUGGAGUGUUCAGCCUCUCUUACCUGGUGGAGCUGUGUGGCCUCUGCUAUAAAUCCUUCAACAAGGAGAGAGAUAAAUUCUAUAUGUCUCGUAUUGUGGUGCUGGAGCUUCUGCAGGCCCUGAAGUUCAAGUCUCCUCUACCUGAUACUAAUCUGUUACUGCUGGUCCAGUUUGUUUGUUCAGAUAUUGGAACGAGACUAGCAGAGUCUACUAUUCUGUCAAAGCACAUGAUCUCAUCACUUCCGGGGUGCACGACAGCAGCAAUGGAAUGCAUGAGGCAAUACAUCAGUGAACUUCUAGACUUCAUAGCAGAUAUGCACACGCUGACCAAACUAAAAAGCCAUAUGAAGGCAUGUUGUCAACCUUUGCACGAGGACACCUUCGGGGGGAACCUUAAAGUGGGUUUGGCUCAGGUGGCUGCCAUGGAGAUAAGCAAAGGCAAUCACCGUGACAACAAGGCGGUGAUCCGUUAUCUGCCCUGGCUCUACCAUCCCCCGUCCGCCAUGCAGCAGGGACCUAAGGAAUUCAUAGAGUGUGUGUCCCACAUCCGGCAGCUAUCGUGGCUGCUCCUGGGGUCCCUGACCCACUAUGCCCUGCACCAGGGCUCCACCUCCUGCAUGCCCAUCCCACUGGACGCUGGGUCCCACAUCGCUGACCACCUCAUCGUCAUCCUCAUCGGCUUCCCCGAACAAUCCAAGACGUCGGUGUUGCACAUGUGCUCCUUGUUCCAUGCCUUCAUGUUUGCCCAGCUGUGGACCAUCUACUGUGAGCAGGCGGCAGCCGCACCUGCCCUACAGAACCAGAACCAAACAGAGUUUUCCUCCAGUGCCAUCUUGACCGGCUUGGAGUUCUGGAGUCGUGUCACACCUAGCAUCCUGCAGCUCAUGGCCCACAACAAAGUGAUGGUGGAGAUGGUUUGUCUUCAUGUUAUCAGCCUGAUGGAGGCACUACAAGAAUGCAACUCAACCAUCUUCGUGAAGCUAAUUCCCAUGUGGUUGCCCAUGAUUCAGUCAAAUUUAAAGCACCUUUCUGCGGGGCUCCAGCUGCGUCUGCAGGCCAUCCAGAACCGGGUCAACCACCAGAACCACCAGUGUGUACAGGGUCAGGCAGCCGGUGCCCUGCCCUUCGCCCUGCGCAAGUGGCUGCAGUGCACCCAGUUCAAGAUGGCCCAGGUGGAGAUCCAGUCAUCGGAGGCGGCCUCACAGUUCUACCCCAUGUGACCCACCUGCCCCCGUCAUGGGCCUGUCCUCCUCCGGACUAGUGGAUGUCUGCCCGAUGCCUCUCCAGCCAUCCACAUCAGGACUCCUGCCUAAGCUGACUGUUGGCGUCUGAAACGAGCUGUGUGUAGAAAUGAUUCCCCAUGUCCAAGCUUGGUGACUUGCGGCAACAUCAGUUGCCGUUUGGAAUAACGUUGUCACCUGACACUUCAGUGUUUUACAUUCACUUCUGUCCACCUGCUUUAAAAAGCUGUAAAAACUAUAUUUUUUAUGGCACAAUGGUUCCCUGCCCUAUAUAUUGCUUGUUUUCUCACAUGAACAGAAAUUGACUAAACUUUGUAGUAGAAAUCCACCAGGAAGUGACAGACGAAUUGCCCGCUUUCCAACUUGACAACAAGAGUCUAAUCAGAUCAAAAUGUAAUUUUGUAUGGACCCAAAACAUUGUUUCUAAAUGCUAUAUUUUCACUAUUACUGCACAAAUAUCAUAGGCAUUUUCUGUAAAUAUAAUGCAGAACAUUCUUCACAUAGCUCUAUUUAGAUGAUGUCAUCAUCUUCAGCACUGUAGACUUUGUAUGUCUAUACUAUUAUUGCAUCCAAUGAAAUGAAUAGAUCAGGACAGGUUAUAUAAAUCAAGACAGGUUAUAUAGAUCAGGAGAGGUUAUAUAGAUCAGGACAGGUUAUUUAGGUCAGGACAGGUUAUUUAAACCAGGACAGGUUAUAUAGGUCAGGACAGGUUAUAUAAAUCAGGACAGGUUAUUUAGGUCAGGACAGGUUAUAUAAAUCAGGACAGUUUAUAUAAAUCAGGACAGGUUAUUUAGGUCAGGACAGGUUAUAUAAAUCAGGACAGGUUAUAUAAAUCAGGACAGGUUAUAUAGGUCAGGACAGGUUAUAUAAAUCAGGACAGGUUAUAUAAAUCAGGACAGUUUGUCAGGUAGUUCAGGUGAUAUAGGUCAGGAGAGUUUAUAUACGUCUGGAGAGGUCAUAUAGGUCAGGAGAGGUCAUAUAGGUCAGGAGAGGUUAGGUAGACAGGUGUGCAGAUGCAAAUUGAGAGAAUACGGAGGAUUGACAGGCUGAAUGGAGAAUGCAGAAGCUCAAACAUCUUUAUGUAGUAAUGCUAAUAUCAUUUUCCAUAUCAUUUUUGGUUACUUGGUUGCAAGCCUGAUAUCAAUAAUAAAAUCAAGCUUCAUUUUGUAAAUACAUGA